ACAGUGCAAGCCUUCCUCCAGAGUGAGGAGACGUCAGAAGUAAUGCAUUCUUUCUCUUUCUCUCUCUUUCAUUGGGUUGAUAAGUACUAGAGCCAACGCAAACCUGUGAAUUUUCAGUUUUACACAUCCACCAUGGAGGAGGACGCGGGACAAUCUAUCCCAUUCAAGUACCCCGCCUCUGACUUCUUGUUGACUGUCGGAGGUAUGUUGUUUUUUCUCCUGGAUGUGGUACUAGACGUGUGGGCGGUGGUGACUUUCUAUCAACAAGAGGCCUACGUGUUCAUGGGACUGCUGAUGUUUCUACUACUAGGCUCCUCAGCCCUGGUCCAGGCUUUCAGCUGGCUGUGGUACCACUAUGACAAGGACAGCACUGAGACCAGGACAGAGAGCCUUGUGAAGAGCCUUCACUCACUCAAGAUCCUUCAUGUGUUCCAGAUGGGAGUCUACCUCAGAUAUGCUGGUCUUGUGAGGAUCUCGAUAUGUGGCUUCUGCUGUAGAAAGCGUUACAUGGAGGGCAACGCCGUGUAUCUGACCCAUGACCUUAGCCUGCUGCGCCUCAUCGAGACCUUCUCUGAGAGCGCGCCACAGCUUGUCCUCAUGAUUACCAUCAUCAUCCAGAGGGGAGAGGUGGAGCCCAUUACAAUCUUGAAGGCACUUGGUUCAGUGUCUGCCAUCGCCGUCAGCGUGACCAUGUAUCACCGCUCCCUGCGUUCCUUCCUCCCAGACAAGGCCAAGCAGGGCUGGGGCUCCUCAGUGGUCUACUUCAUGUGGAACCUGCUCCUGAUUGGUCCACGUGUGGCAGCAGUCGCCCUCUUUGCUUCGGUCUUCCCCUGCUUCAUCGCUGCCCACUUCCUGUCUUCCUGGAUGGUUCUAUUUUUUGUCGCCUGGCAACUGAAGACAAACUUCAUGGACAGCGGCGGUGGAGAAUGGCUCUACCGGGCCACCGUAGGUCUCAUCUGGUACUUUAGCUGGUUCAGCAUAGUGGAGGGGCACACCAGGGAGCGGAGCACCAUCUACCACACCUGGAUAGGAGUGGAUAUUGGGAUGCUUUGUGGUUUGUGGGUGUGGCAGAUGAUGAAGAACCCUCCAUAUUCUGAACUGCCACUAGAUCCCUAUGUCAUCUUUGUCAUUAUGAUCUCACUCUACAUAGCUGGACUCUGUCUCAAGGUGACAUACUACAAGUUCUGUCACCCAAAGAUUACAAAGCAGGGAGAAGUUGAGUGUCAUCUCGAGCUGAUGUCGGUGUCGGUGGGGGUCCCCCCAAAUGGGGAAGAUGUGGUUGACUUUAGGGUUAUGGGUCAUACAGAGCAUCCAGAACUGUCCGUCAGGGUCAAUAAAAGGAUGAGGAAUUUAGCUGGUAAUUUUUACUCUUAAUCCAGAUUAUCAGAUGGCUCCUACACAUUGAGAAGACUGUAUGGGCUUGUUCAACAUUGCAGCCGAUAACCCAGCCAGGCAACUGCCAACUGACUGAUCUACAAAUGACCUUGGCUCGUAAAUAACUACUCAUUAUUUGUUGAUCAGUCACAAUUUAAACACACAAUGAGUGAAAGUUCUGUCUGUUUUCGAUCUAUCCUUGUACUUGAUUGAUGAAUUAAGGUCAGUAAUUAGUAGGGAACUCCCCUCACCUGGUUGUCUAGGUCUUAAGGGAAAAAUCAAAAACCCACACUCAGCUCUCCGUGGAAUGAGUUUUACACCCCUGCCCUACUUAAACGAACCAGCUCUACAGCUUGAAACACUGAGAAAUGUUGACGCAUUCAUUAAAAUUACUGGAAUGAUUUGUUCUAUGAAGACGAGGAUGGCGAUACGAGACAGUUCUGUUUGGCACUGUGCAUUUCUAAUAUGAAGGUAAACAUUACAGUAAUGUUUAUCGUGGUCAUGAACUUCUUAUGAUUAUGACCUCGUGAGUACAGCUAAUCAGGGUUACUUAUUGACAGUAGUGGAACAAAAUACUUUAGACUUUAAUAAACGUAAAGAUACUUGAGUCAUUUUCUAUUAAAGGUGAGUCACCCAGUAAAAUACUACUUCAGUAACUCUAGAAGUAUUUGGUUAGAAAUAUACCUAAGUGUCCAAAGUAAAUGGAAUUGCUUAAAUUAAAUGUCAAAAGUAUAAAUAAUUUCAAAUUCAGUAUUAAGCAAACCAAACAAUGUUUGUAUUUAUUUAUAGAUAGCCAAUGGCACACCAACAUUGUUUAGUGAGUCCGCCAGAUCAGGUAGUAGGGAUGACCAGGGAUGUUCUCUUGAUGAGUGCGUGAAUUGGACCAUUUUCCAGUCAAAAUGUAACGAGUACUUUUGGGUGUUAGGGAAAAUGUAUGGAAUAAAAAAAGGCAAAAAGAUACCACAAAAAAAAAAAACUUAAGUAGUACUUUAAAGUAUUUUUUUAACUUAAGUACUUUCACCACUGCUUCCUGAAAUGUUAGCAGGGCGUGGACUCUGUCAGGACUAGAUGGUAAAAACCUAGAGGGGAUGUGAGAAUGUAAUUUUAACAGUGCAGAUGGGGUGGCCAGUUCUGAGUGAAUGUGCCAAUGUCCUCCGUCUUUUGUGUGCUGGACUGUCUGGUUUCAUGUGUGUGAUGUGAAUGUGAUCCUUUUUGUACAGUGAUGCCAAAGGCAAAAAUAAAUAAAUAAAAAUGUCCAUACAGGUGAUGGCGAGGUUCUGAAGCACUUUGAGAUGAUGUAUAGUAUUUGUCUUAUUGUUAAUUUACAGCAGAGUGUAUAACAAUUGCAAAACACUGACAAUGAAACCAGGCACUUUCAAGGUACUUUAAUUUGUAUUUACACUACCAUCAGUGUUAAUGUACACAGGACAACCUUAUUGGGCCUUCAACAGUGUUUCCGGUCCCAUUUAAAAAAAUGUGGUUAUACACUACAUGACCAAAAGUAUGUGGACACCUGCUCGUUGAACAUCUCAUUCCGGACAUCAUGGUAAUUUAAAAUGGAGUUGGUUCCCCCCCCCCUUUGCUGCUAUAACAGCCUCCACUCUUCUGGGAAGGCUUUCCACUAGAUGUUGGAACAUUGCUGCUAUAACAGCCUCCACUCUUCUGGGAAGGCUUUCCACUAGAUGUUGGAACAUUGCUGCGGGGACUUGCUUCCAUUCAGCCACAAGAGUAUUAGUGAGGUUGGGCGAUUAGGCCUGGCUCGCAGUCGACGUUCCAAUUCAUCCCAAAGGUGUUCGAUGGUGGUUGAGGUCAGGGCUCUGUGCAAGGCAGUCAAAUUCUGCCACACCGAUCUCGACAAACCAUUUCUGUAUGGGUCUCGCUUUGUGCACAGGGGCAAUGUCAUGCUGAAACAGGAAAGGGUCUUCCCCAAACUGUUGCCACAAAGUUCGAAGCACAGAAUCAUCUAGAAUGUCAUUGUAUACUGUAGUGUUAAGACUUCCCUUCACUGGAACUAAGGGGCCCGAACCACGAAAAACAGCCCCAUUAUUCCUCCACCAAACUUUACAGUUGGCACUAAUCAUCCGGGCAGGUAGCGUUCUCCUGGCAUCUGCCAAACUCAGAUUCGUCUGUUGGACUGCCAGAUGAUGAAGCGUGAUUCAUCACUCCAGAGAACGCGUUUCCACUGCUCCAGAGGACAAUGGCAGCCGAGCUCUACAGCACUCCAGCAGACGCUUGGCAUUGCGCAUGGUGAUCUUAGGCUUGUGUGCGGCCAUGGAAAACUAACUCAUGAAGCUCCCGACAAACAGUUAUUGUACUAACAUUGCUUCCAGAGGCAGUUUGGAACUCGGUGGUGAGUAUUAAACCGAGGACAGACGAUUACUGUCUGUCCUCGGUUUAAUAUUACUGUCACUGAGCUCUUCAGUAAGGCCAUUUUACUGCCAAUGUUUGUCUAUGGAGAUUGCAUGGCCGUGUGCUCGCAACAGGUGUAGCUGAAAUAGCCAAAUCCGCUAAUUUGAAGGGGAGUCAACACAUACUUUUGUGUAUAUAUAUAUAGUGUGUUUCAUCGUCUUGAGUAGAGCCAGAUAUAUCCCUACAAAGCAUGAACAAGUUGAGCCAGAUAUAUCCCUACAAAACUAUGUACAUUCAUAGCUCAUUGCAUUCGACAGUUGAAAUAGUACAACAAAAUGCACUUUAACAAAAGGUUUGUUAAGAGUAUAUAAAAUGGUACAUAGUUCCUGGUCUUUAAUACAAAUUGAAGGGAUACAUUAAAACAGUCCCCCUGACUAAGUAAAAUGUAAAAAAAUCAAAUUAAAAAAAUUAAACAUACAGAAUCACACUUUGUUAGUAACAUAGUACUUAAAAAAUCAAAUUUAAAAAAAACAUCACUGAUACAAAUAUUGUAAACACAUUCCAGGACUACAAAAAAAACUAAAACAAUCAUACCAACCAAAAGGUGUGAAGCAACACUAGAGACAUGAUCAGCAUGACAAUCAGCCAUAACAGAUCAAAUGUUUUUGGCUGGGGUUGAUUGAUUUCCAUGAUGUUAGAUAUUGAAGAUGUGCAUCAGAGGAUCAAGCUUGUCUGAUCUUAUAUAUAUUUUUUUACUUGUGGAAACAGAUUGUAAUAUGAAUGUGCAGUCAGUCAAUUAAAGACACCGGUCUGUCUUGUCAACUUUACAAAAUUCCAUGUCCAAGAUACCCCUUCUAUUCCAAAUAAUCUAAUUCAUAAUUUUACAAUGCUUACUAUUUCUCUCAUGUCCCAUAGUGGUGCUGUUACAGACUACUUUAUAUGUUUCACCAGGGGAAUGGUGGAUCUGGACCCCAAGUGAUUGAGAUGUGAUUGUCUAAGCAGUGAAUCCAAGACACAGCGAUUCAAAAAAAAUAAAAAAUAAAAAAAAUAAA